AUGGGAGAUACAGCUAACGAGUUUCAACCGCCUACUGUUCCAAGAGAUUCCGAAGGCUUUGUGAAAAGCUUCACCCUUUCUAGUUGCGACUGUCCUGAGGCCAAUGAAGCGCGUGCAUUCUUCGACAAGUUUGGUUUUGUAGUUAUCGCAAAUGUCUUUACACAAGAGCAAUGUAAAGACACGAUUUCGGAUAUCUGGAACGUCGUCGAGUCUCGUGCAGGACAACCUAUACGACACGAUGAAAAACUUUGGAAUUCAAAACUAUGGAGUAGAACAGGUUUAGUACGGGAGGGCAUCAUCGGUAGUGCCAGUCUAUAUACUCGUCAAAUUUUGCUUAAUCGACAAACACCAGCUUUGCAUAUUGCUUUCGCGACCAUUCUGGGAACGGAAAAACUCUUAGUUAAUCAAGAUCGUUACGGGCUGUUUCGACCUGCUAAGGAGUAUCCUGAACGAGCAACAAUGGCUAAUCUUCACUUGGACAUGAAUCCAUGGGGAUAUUUCAAAGAUAAGGAUAAUUCACAUCAAAUUGAAAUACUCACCUCAUUAAACUAUAAAUAUGAUGAUGAUUGGAUCACGGAAAAUAAUGAACCUGGCUGUAACACUAUCGGGGAGCGGCAUGUACAAGGUCUAGUCAAUCUAGCUGAUAACCUUGAAGAAGAUGGAGGUUUCUGGCUUGUUCCUGGCUUUCAUCAUUAUUUAUCGAAAUGGACAGCCGAACACGAAGCAUUGCGCUCGAAAUAUGGUCUGUAUUCGACAUUCAAUCUCUUUGAUGAAAACAAAAUUCCAGAGCUUUAUGCUGUCGCUUGUCAUAUUUCUACUCGUGCUGGUUCAGCUAUCUUGUGGGACCAACGCGUGAUGCAUGGAUCACGAGCAAAUCAUAGUCUUCGACCCCGCUACGCUCAAUUCUUCAAAAUGUUUCCGACCGAUCAUCCUGCUAUGACGCCUGAUCGAGCUGAAAAACGACGUGAAGGAGUUUUAGCUAAACUUCGAACUGCUAAUAUUAAUCCAGAAGUAGACCUCACUGUCUUAGGACGGCAGCUAUUUGGAAUUGCCAAGUGGUCCGAUUGA